CCAAGGAUUACCGGAUGCUAAUUCGAUUGGACCAACCUUUGCCGGCCCGUUCGGACUUCCAGGUUUCAUUUCCAGUUACCUUCACGAGAACCGUGUCUGUACCGGUGUCCGCUCUAUGCCCGGCCCAUCUUCCUGCACCCUUACUACAUCCAGACGCUGUACACCAUCUGGUGUUGUAUCGGCGCCCGUCCCUGCGCUUCCCAUCCCACCACAACUCUCACAAUUGGGGGGGAGGUGACUUCCUGCCGUCCAACUACAGAUACGAUGGUGGCAUCAUGCUGCAGAAAAUGUACAUCGGCAAUCAGCAUGGGCUCUGGCUGUUAUGGUUAUGUCUCAAUAAAUAAUUGUGUUUGUAUUUAUAACUCAAACUAAC